UUAAUCAAAAUACACACUUGUCUCAUUGCAUUUCUCUACCAACGCCUUACUCUAUCCUUGACGGUGCGUCGUGGAAACACCUUAUUGUCUCCUUCCUUACUUCGUGUUUUUCAUCCAUUAAAAAGAACCGAUUAUGGCUGCUAUCGCUGCUGUUAAGAAGCGCAUGGCGGAGAUGCGGGAUGGCAUCGACGAGGCAGAGUCGAGAAUGAAGGAAUCCGAACAGCUAAAGCGUGAAGCAGAUGCUCGAGGACUGACAGCCGAGGGUGAAGUGUCCUCCCUGAAGAACCGUGUGUCUCAAAUCCAGCGGGAGAUCGAUCGAGUUAACGAAAAGUUGGAAGUGCAACAGGGGAAGCUUGAUUCGGCAGAAGGUCGUACCCAGGACAACGAUAAUGCCCGUAAAGAUCUUGAAGGAAGGGAGACCGACAAUGAUCAAGAUCUGGGGUUUUGCUUGAGCAGAAGGCUAAGGAUGAAAAGCCGGGACUUUACUGAACUAGGAAUAGAGUCAAUAGACUUUGCUUUGUUAAUGGAUACAAAUGGUGAUGAGUUGGGGGGAGCUUUGUCCCCUUGUCCCGCCCUACCUGGUUGUCACGCCCAUGAACAGAUAGAAGAUGCUGUUCUUGUCACAGAGAACACACAAAAGUACGACGACGCGGUGAACAAGCUUAAGGUGCUUGAGGGAGACCUGGAACGUAUCUACGAGCGUCUUACAAAUGCCCAGAACAAGGUAGACCGACUGGAGGGAGAGGCUAAGCAGGUGAACACGGACCUCAAAGAUCUUGAAACAAGGGACGAGGAAGCUAGCGAGAGGGAAAUGUCCCUGGAGGAACAGUCAAGGUAUCUGGAUCAACAAGUCAAAGAAACCGACCAACGAGCUGACCAAGCCGAGCGCAUGGUGGCGAAGCUCGAAAGACUUAGAGACACCCUCAUCGGGAGUAUCGAACUUGAAAAAAAGAAAACUGAAACCAGCAAGGAUGAACUCGAAGCGACCAUGCACGAAUUACUCGAAGUCUCCUCUGAUGGAGACAAAGAAGGGGACGAAGAGCAAGAGUGAAACAUGUUUUUUUUAAGAUUUGCUGUUAAACUACUUUUUCUACCAAAACACUUUCAUUUGGAAGAAUUGUACCUAUAGAAAAAUAUAUUUUUGGCGUAAAUGGAGUUGA